UCCGAGAGACCGAAAAACUUGUAGUUUUAAUUUUAGAACCGGGAAGAAAAAUACAAUUGGAAACAAAAGGUAGAAAUGGGGUCCACUCCAGCAAGCGUAAGCAAUCAGCCAAUCACUGACCGACCGAGCUCUCUCCUCUCCUCUCCUCAACGGCACACCUCAUUCUUCUUCAAAUCUCCGCCACCAAAAAUAUCAGAUUUUUUCUUACCAUGAUCUUGUAAAUUUGACCUGGAGAAACAAUGGCAAUGGCGGCAUUCUCCUCCCACAUCCCCACCCGCUCCCUCCAUUUCCAUACCCCCACUUACCACUCCCAUCAUCACCAACCCAUCACCCGCCGUAUCUCCACUACUCCCGCCACUCCCAGUUCGAAGCUCUACGCUUCCAAUCUCUCCCGGAGAAAACUUUCUUUCUACCCAUUUCUCACACCCUUCCUUUUCUCGUCCCCUGCUCGUGGCGGUGGCAUUGGAAGCGGCGGCCGUGGUGAAGGAGGAGAUGGUUCUGGCGGCGGGGGAGGCGGUGAUGACGCUGGAUCCCGGAACCAGGCCGAGUCUCUUCUCGCAUUGGCUGAGGCGGAUAGGACGCUGGAGAGCUUGCCCAAGGACUUGGCUGCUGCAAUUGAGGCAGGGAGGGUUCCGGGGGCUAUUGUCCGAAGGUUCUUUGAGCUUGAGAAGUCGCCAAUCCUCCGGUGGCUGCUUCAGUUUGGAGGAUUCAAGGAACGUCUGCUUGCUGAUGACUUGUUCUUGGCAAAGGUUGCAAUGGAGUGUGGCGUUGGUAUCUUUACCAAGACAGCUGCAGAGCUGGAAAAACGCAGAGAAAAUUUCAGCAAGGAACUGGAUUUUGUCUUCGCGGAUGUGGUGAUGGCCAUCAUAGCAGAUUUUAUGCUUGUGUGGCUUCCUGCACCAACUGUUGCUCUCCGUCCUCCCCUGGCAGUUAGUGCUGGAUCGAUUUCCACGUUCUUCUACAGCUGUCCUGACAAUGCCUUUCAGGUGGCUUUUGCUGGUACAUCGUAUUCACUUGUGCAGAGAUUAGGUGCAAUUGUGCGGAAUGGAGCGAAGCUCUUUCUGGUUGGGACUAGUGCAUCUCUGAUUGGUGUAGGUGUAACAAACACAUUGAUCAAUCUCCGGAAAGCGGUGGACAAAUCUUUCGCUGGUGAAGCAGAGGACAUGCCAAUCCUAUCAACUAGUGCUGCCUACGGUGUCUAUAUGUCCGUCUCUAGCAACUUGAGGUACCAAGUUCUAGCGGGGGUUAUAGAACAGCGAAUCCUGGAGCCUUUGCUGCAUGAACAGAAGGUGUUACUGAGUGCAAUCUGCUUCGUGUUUCGAACCGGAAACACAUUCUUGGGAUCAUUAAUGUGGGUUGAUUAUGCUCGAUGGAUCGGGAUACAAAGACAACGGAAAUGAAACCUAGGUUGAUCAUUAUGCGGCGAUAUUUUAUUUGUUACGGAUUUCAUUUUGGAACUGUUUUUAGCAGUUGAAAAUUACGUGCCGGAACCCUCUGAUCGAUGGGCUUUUUGUUGUGUUUCCUGCGGAAAUUGUAAAGUCAAGCGCAUGUAUGACUUGUGAUAAAUUUCACCACUUGUAUCACCGGCUACUAUGAUCCUACGAUUAUGAUAAAUUUCUGUCACUUCUUACAUCAUGGUAUAAUCUUUUUUACUAUCAUGGUAUAUUAUGGUACAAUCUUUUUAUUCCAAAAUAUAUUUUAAAGUGUUAUAGAGUAUUAUGAAUCCUACUUUUCUACACCAUAAUGGUAUAUAUCAUGAUAUACUAUGGUAGAAAAAUCUUAACAAAUAUACUUUAUUAUUUUAAAAUAUUUCAAAGUGUAUGCUAUGUUUUAUAAUAUAAUUAAUCUAACUUUCUAUGGAAUUUUUUUUUAAAACCGUUAUAAGAAAAAUAAGAUGUUUUGCUAAAUUUUAAUGAAGAAAUAAUUAUGCAGCUACUAGUUAUUGACAUAUAUGCUCCCUUCUUUAAACCAACCAACUAAACUAGGUUGGGCGCAUAACUAGGAAUGGCAAUGAGGUAGAUCCGGAGCGGGUAUUUCGAUAUCCAUACCCGUCCCAUUGCAGGUCAGGUUCAUGGCGGGUAAUUUAUAAUGGGGCGCGGGUCGGGGCAGGUUGAUCUAAUGGGUAUGUAAUUUAUGCGACAAACAUUAGAAAUAUUUGUUAUUUUCAUUAAAAGACCAAGAAAGAAACCAUAGUAUGAUUAAAUGUAGUUAAAUUAUUGGAGAAAUUGAGGUUUUCACUUAUUUACAACUUUAUUAUAGAUAAAAUAUGAUAUAAUAAGAGGAAAAUCCUAAAUAAUUUGACUAAGAUUACAUUGUAUUUAGGCAAUAAUGAGUCGAGAAUGGGGCGGGUCAGGGUAGGUCGGUCGAUGAGAGGUACCCAUGCCCGCCCCGCCCCGCCUACGAAGCGUGUCGGUCCCUCCCCAAAACAGGACAAACAGGUCAGGUAAAUCGGGUCAGGUCAAAAUUGGCAUCCCUACGCAUAACUAUAUCUGGCCUUUUUUAUUUGAAAGGGCCAGAGGUAAGAGUAUUAAUUUUAUUUUUCUACUUUUUUAAUUGGGAAUAUAUUUGUUGUUUUAACCUUGAUUUUUUUUUACCCAAAUGGAAUGAAUUCAUUGUGAUCUACAAAAUAAUAUUCAUUAUUUUAUGUAUUUUGUGAAUUUUUUUUGUUCCACCCAUUACCACUCAUUACCCCAAAUACCAUUAUGUACCACCUUCGUUUUAACUCAAGUUUUGAAAAUGUUAUACAUAAUUAACGGGUUCAUCAUGAUCUAUUGUAAUCUAUAAAUUUCUAUAAAAAAUGACUAAAUAUAUCACUCUAUACCAAAAUGGUAUAUGGUAGUAACUGGUGGUAGGCUGCAGUGAAAGGUGAUAAGUAUAUUGUUACUAUUAUGUAUAUAAUCAUUCUACACUAUUAUAUAUUCAUACAACUAUCUUACAUUUCUAUAUUACCAUGAUACAAUCUUGUGUACGACCAAACAUUACCACCAUAAUAUAGACUGGUAAUAUAUGUUACAAAUGUUUUUCUUCUAAAAAGGUAAAAAAGUGGAUGCCAUUUUGAAAAUAAUGAUUAAUAUUUUUUUCGCACAAAUAUUUUGGAAUGCCGACUAAAAAUAAAAGAGAUAUAGCCCAUCAAAUUAUAUUGGGAAAAAAUUAUGAGUUGUCAUCUCAUUAUUAAGUGAUAAUUAUAGAAAACGGGUUAAUUGCAUGGGUGAUCAUUGUGAUUACAAAAAACGUUCAAGUUUAGUCACUUUGAAAUAUUUAAAUUCAUUCGUAGUCACUAAAAUUAGUAAAACCGUCUAAGUUUGGUCACUCUCUGUUAGUCUCCGUCAGUCUCUGUUAACGACGUCAACUUUUUGAUGACGUGGCUAACAGAAAAGUCUAGUCACCAAAUUUAACCUCAAAAAUUAAAAAAUAUUAUCUGCCACAUCAGGUAAUUCAGCCCAACCAAUGACUCAAACCCUAACCUAACUUAUUGACCCGCCAUCAACAAUCCAUCUUUGCACCUCUUCCUCUAGCUCCGCCGCAUCCUCAAUCUCUAUUCUUCUUCCUCCGCUGCUUUUAAACCCAGUUCUCAAAAAUCCUCUCUUUCAAUUGGAACCAAAUCGAGCCCAAGAGACAUGAGUAGAUGAAGCGGCCAACGCGAUGAGUCUAUACUUUACAGAUCUGAUUGGGGUAGAUGAUUGGCUCGCCAGAGAAGAUGAAGCGGCCAACAGAUCUGAAUGAGGAAGAUGAUUGGCUCACUGGAUCCUCUGCUUCUUUUCGAUAAUGGAGGGGGUAAGAAGAGGGGCUAGGCGGCUGGAGUCGGAGGGAGAAUAAUAGUGCUGGGGAGAGGAUCUUAAGCGACGGGUGGGAGAAGAAAUUGAAAGGCAGUUAACUUGUUUUGGAGGUGGUGGUCAAUUUCAUCACAAUGACUUCUUCCUUCAUCUAUGAGUCUCUCCUUCACAACCCCUCUAUUGGGAUUUCAUCCACCCCAAAAAUUACCUCUGAUUUUCAUCUAUUCCACCUGGGAGAAACAAGAAAUUUGAUUAAUUGGGUAUUUGGGUGGAUAUACAGAGGUAGAGAGGCUGUUAGUGAUGGCGAAUAGAAAUAGAGAAGUGGUGUUUAGCCCGGGCUCCAAGGAUACGGGAAUUCACCGACAUCCCCGCACCGCCCUUCUCCGUCGCGUCCUCUUACCCCCGCCUCGACCUCUUCGCCUCCUCCACCCUCGGGUCUGCCGUCGGAUCGACUACAUCUUUGAUUAUGAUAUUCUAGACGCUUGGCUGGUCGGUUCUGUCCAACUUGAGGAAAUGCGACCGAUUCAAGCACCAUUCAGACCUGGUUGUCGAAGGGAAUGCAAGAAAAAUGAAGAACUAGAGUUCAGAUCUGUAAAGGAAACAGGGAUAAACCCUUAUUUUGUUUGAGUGGUUGGUUCAUGGAUGGGUGGGUCGGUUUGGUUCAAGGAUUCGGUUGGGUUGGGAUGGGAAAAAAAUGACAUGGCGGGUCGGAUUUCACUAUUUUUGGGUGAAAUUAGACUGACUAGGCGAUUUUGUCUUCCUUGUCAGCACAUAACGGUCUUGGUUAAUGGAGACUAACGGAGACUAACGGAGAGUGACCAAACUUGGACGGUUUUACUAAUUUUAGUGACCAUUAAUGGAUUUAAAUAUUUCGAGUGACCAAACAUGAACGUGUUUUGUAAUCACGGUGACCAAUCAUGCAAUUAACCCUAUAUGAAACUGAUUAUAAAUGAACUCCGCACAAACAUUUGCAUAAUUAGAUCUUGGCCUUUGGUUUAUUUUGAGUGGAGCCAGAAGGGCUUAGAUCUAAGAGAUGAGAUUAAAGAGUUUUCUUAAUC